CUUGUAUAAAGAUCAUCCUUCUAACGUUUCUAAAUGUAUAUUCGCUGUAGGAGAUGUGGUACGUGUUUCCAAACUAAAGCUUACUUUCGAAAAAGGCUAUGAAACCAAUUGGACGGAAGAACUAUUUGUGGUGACAGAGUGUGUUAAAAGACAUCCAGCUGUGUAUAGAAUUAAAGAUUUACUUGGAGACUCAGUAAAAGGAACGUUUUAUGCACAAGAGUUGCAGAAAGUGAGACUGAAAGAGGAAUAUCGCAUUGAAAAAAUUUUAAAGAAACGUAUGCGUAAGAAACAGACAGAAUACUUUGUAAAAUAUCGCGGUUAUCCCGACAAAUUCAAUCAAUGGAUUCCAGCUUCUAAUUUACUCUCGAUAUAAAGUGUGAGAAAAUACUGUAUCCGAAUCAUUUAUGAAAAUGAGUUUCUACGUAACACUUCCGAGCGAUAGCUCUAUGAAUUAUUUCCCCGAAAAUAAAAUUUCACAUUUUAUAACACGUUUACCUGUUCCCAUUGAAUUAAAAGGUAUGUGGGAAGUUGGUUUGGUUGAAUUGCUAUAUCCGCACACAUGGCACAAUGUGAAUGCAGACAAUAACUUAAUUGGAUUUGUUUUAGAGAAAGAUGGUGAAAUGUUAGGUCGUAGAUUACCUCCAGGAUGUUAUGAAACAGUACCUGAUAUUUUAAAAGCUAUUUAUAUUAAAGAACAUCAAAACAAAAUAAUAUUUAAUUAUAACCCAGUAACAAAACGAGUGAAAAUCAAAGUGAAAAAUAACGCUAAAGUGAUUUUACAUGAUGGGUUAGCACAAAUGUUAGGUUUUGAACCUAUGGAAAUUACAUCUACAGAUGAUAGUUCCGAAACUGUUGUAGAAAGUCCUUUUGCAGCCGACCCCUGUGCACAUUAUCGUGUAUUAAUGAUAUAUACGGAUAUUGUAGAACCUCAAAUCGUAGGAGAUGUUUUAGCUCCUCUUCUUCGAAUUGUAAGAGUAACUGGUAGCGAUGGAGAAGUGGUGAGUGCACUAUUUGAUAGACCUCAUUAUUUACCUGUGAAUCGGAAAAUGAUAGACACUUUGGAAAUCGAUAUAAGAACGCAUAUGGGAGCAUUUACGCCAUUUGAACGAGGAAGGUCAUACGUGAAACUUCAUUGUUAAAUGAUGUAUCACAAGGACAAGAUGUAAAAGAGGCUGCUAAGCGUCGACUGAAAGAAGCCGGAAA